ACAUCCACUUACACACUUAAAACGCACACACACACAAUCAUCAUGAGAGAAGCUGUGGUUCUCACAGGGAGCAGAGCAGAGGAGCAGGGCAGUCGUCACAGAGAGGAUAAAGCUGCACUGAGGUGAGUUUAAUGACUUUAAUCAUUCCUACUUGAUGCUUUCUAAAGUUUACCAGACAUGUAUUUAAACAUUUGACCUUGUAUUUGCUGGCUGCUGGCAUUUUUAAGCAGAAAACAGGAAUAUUUCAAUGGCACUUCUUGUGAAAGUGAAUCAUAUUAGUGAUCUGAAUGUAGAGUAUAUCUAUGGUUACAAUGUCUUUAUAUAUUUUUGGGUAAAGACAUAAAAAAGCACCAUAAAAGGUGAAAUAAAACAGCAUGCUGUGCGUGUGAUAAAAAUGAAAUGCAGCAUUUGUUGAGAUUAACAUCAUCGCAGGUUUCUGCUCUUAGCUUUUUUAAUGAAGUGGUUUGUUUUAUCACUUCUUUUCACAUCUCUAAAUAGUGUAAUAACUUCAUUUGAAAUGCAUAACUUGGUCAAUGCUGAGAGUGUAACUGAAUCAAUCCAGCUUUUGUGUAAACUAAUGAUUUACUAUUUAACUAUUCAAAGUUUGUUUGGUCAGCACUGCAUAGAGGAAGUAAGAUUGUUCACCCUUUGUAUGCAUGCUGCAAAAACCUCAUCUCUAUUCUAUCUGUUGUUAUAUCUGUGUCCCUUGCUUGAACUUCAACCUAAACCAUAUUUUCAGAACCAUCAUAUCACACGGAAACAUGUCACAGAAACAGAUGAAUAGACAGAUAUGUUGAUACAGAGGCAUGGAUCUUUCCCAUGUGCUGUUUAAGUUUAGUUCCUCCCACUGUUGCUCCUUUUUUUCACGGGUUGAUGGGUUGUGAGUUUUAGUUUUAAUGCUAUCCUUCAUCUAUUCAUGAUAAAAACAAGAAAAAAAACCACCCAUGUAACAAGUUUAAAAGGACCAUGAUCUGAACAAACUGUCUGACAUUAGUUAUUUUCAAUAAAGUGAGAAAAAAUCUCAUGACACUGUAGCUCUAUUUUGGCAUUGAGCAGCUUUUGUAGAGCCUGUUGAAGCCGAUGCGCUCAACAGAAUAGAGAGAGGAUGUGGUUAAGUGUCACGACGUGGUCAGGGACCAGUACUGUGCGACUCAGAGACUGAAGAUCCCUUUUUAAAAGUUGCUACACGUAACGCAAAAAUACGCCAACAGAAUUGUUGAUUCAAGACCAAUGUAAGGGCUUUUUUCUCUUCACGUUUCCUGCUAACUCCUGACAGAUGCAGUUUCGCUUAAACAUUAUGAGCUCUUGACACAACAGAGGCGUAAUAAGGUCAAGACUGAGGUAUUGUAGGCAAGCUAUUAUUCCCAUCUACAUUAAAUGAAUGUGAACAACAAUGCAUGCUGGGAGAAUCUAUGCAUAUUUUAUGUGUCAUAACCUGCUCCUGUCUGUGUACCUGUCUGCUGGUGUAUAUUCCACCUACUGUGUUACAUUUUCACGCUGCAAAAAGAAGCCACGGCGUCCCUCCAUCAGUUAGGACAUGUAACUGUUACCAGGCAACCCGCCAUCCGAGACCCACUUCUCUUUUUCUCCAGUGUUUCUGUCAAGGACAAAAUUAAGAUGAGCACAUUGUCAUGACCAAAAACUGCAGACAGCCAAAGAUGUCUUUACAAAAGAGGAAGAGAGUAACUCAGUUAAUGUGUCCUCAAUAGGGUAAAAUGGGGAUAGAUGACUCGACAAGCUGUCUGAUUGCAUGAAUACGCUCUCAUUGAAGCUGCACGCAGAGGAAAAAAGUAGCUCUUAACAUCUUUAGACCAUUUCAUUUUUAAAGUCUAUAAUUAUUAAAGUUCAUUACAGUAAUAAAAGAUUAAACUUCCUGCUUUUUUUUUUGUUGGCGAACCUCGAAUCUAAAACUUUUCAAAAAGUGAAGAUUGCAGAGUCAAAGCACGGUUCUUCCAGUUUAUUCUCUCAAAUAAGUUGCAGUAGAUCAAGCUCAGGCAGCACUCCUGAUAUCACGUCAUUGAGAAUUGAACUGAGUCCCUGAGUGUGCUUCACUGCUGACUCACAGCUCAUUGCAGACAGAUACUCCAAAUAUGACUGCAUCUUACAGGGUGAAUAAAUUAAUGUGUGAAUGAAUGAAGUAUUUCCCAUUGAUACAAAUGUUAUUAAAUGUGAGCUAAUCUCAUCACUGCUGUAAUUUGAGAAGGCAGAAUCAACUUUUACUUUAACUUUGAACUCUAUUUUCUCACUGAGUGAAUCCCCACUGCAGCACAUUGAAAAACACACAGAUUAACCGAUCGAUACAUCGAUCGUUUCCUUCCCUUUUAUGUCUUUGAAGGUUAAAUUCACAUCCUGCUGACAUUCAGAGCGCCUGCUGUGAUUUGAUGAAUCAGAAAUAAACAAUUUCCUUACUCUGCAGAGGUACUGACACUUUACACUGUGACAAAACACACCAUUACUAAGGUUGCUCCUCCGGCAGAAGAAGAAUGGCUAUUUCUUGUGCAUCUCUUUCUAUAAAGACAUCUGGCUGGUUAAAGAGGUCAAAGGAUGAACACUUAUAAUUUGGAGAAUUUUACAAACGAGGCAGCGAGUUCUCGCUGAGAGGGAAAUAACCUCAUUAUUCAUCCCUAGGCUCAGACUGUGUGUGCUAAAGAGCCACCACUCCAAGUUCUUUUCUGCCUGCCUUUCAUCUCAAUACUCAAAUAGGGCUCUUUUUAGUCGAUGCUCACUGGGUAAUGGAAGGUCAUGUUGUGGCAGAAUGAACUCUUUUGAGCUUGUUUGCAUCUUUCUUAGGUUAAGAAUGGGAAAUGAGGAGAUGCCGCUGUCAGGAAGUCCCUUGAAGUUCAUCACUUUAUUGUGUUCAUCUGCUCUGGAGUGUCACCUCAGGUAGUCCUGUACCGAAAUGAACCCCUCAGGCACUCACGUCAUGGACACAAACCCUGUGCUACCCUUUGUUGUCGCUUGAAGAUAUGAAACAGCACUGUGCUGCAGAAAGAAAAAAACUCUCAAAGUAGAGCAGCCUUUACAUCUAGUGUGAAAAACAGAGCUCUCAGCAGUCAUUUCAGUCCAUUACAGUCCUCUAAAUCCAUGACUAACACAUACGUUUGGGUUGUGUUUGAGUCAUUGCCAGCAGGCCUGCAUGUUCAGUUUUUAUAUUUGUGUCUACUAUCGACUGGGGCCAUUGACUAUGAUCUAUGACAUAUAUGUGAGUCUAAUUGUCCAAUUGACUUAAUUGUACCCACAGCCAUCAGACUUAAUAAUUCUUCUGUAAAUAUAAGAUGACUUAAGACAUCACACAUGAGACUACAGACAAAUGAAUUUCCCUUCAGGGAUCAAAAAGUUCUUUUUCUUGGCUACAUCGUGGAACUCACACAGCUCCUCCUUAAGAAAAAAACAGGCGUAAGAGUGACGCUCAAAAGUGCAGACCAACUCAACUAACCAGAGAAUGGCUGAAACAUGAUAGUGCAAAUAGCUUGACUUGUAUCGACCUUAUCUCUACUAACCCAAAAGAACCAUGCUCUGAAGUGCUUUCUUUACCUGAAGGGUUUAUGGUUGGAGUUGAAAAGUGCCAAUCCCUGGACCUAAAGUUAUCUUAAAGAGAUUUUACAAGACGUUUGAUCAAAAGGAAUUUGUUGAAGACUUGAAAAGUGUGAAUAUGUUAGAAGAAAAAGAUCCAGAAAAGGUACCUGGUAGAUGUGGUGAAAUCUUGAUGCUGGUGGUUGAAAGAGAUGCCCCACCUAAAAAGUUCACAGUCAGAAAAGUUACAACUCUGUGGUUCUACAAGGAGCUUAAGGAGUAUAUGUAUAAGUGAAAUAACAGCAAACAUGUCUGAUAUUUUGUUACCAAGUUACCAAGAAAAAGAGGUUGUAUUUUGAAGAAGGAUUAUAAAAAAUAUUUAAAAUGAAAGUUAAAAAAAAACAAUUUCAAUCAAGUAUUUAGAAAUUAUGCACAAAGCACUUUUUUUUUCAAUCACUUUUGUUUUAUUCAAGACGGAAUAUACAAAAAAAGAUAAGACUGGGCACAGUGUACAUUUUCAAGAAGUUUCAUCUGAAUAAGUGAUUUCUUUCCACUACUGGAGGAUUUUCAUGAUAUCGAAGAGAAUGAAUUUAUCUAGCUGUGACUAUAUUUUUAUUAGCAAUGGUUAAAAAUAAGAUUUGUAUCUCUCUUUUCUUUGUCGAACUUUUUUUGUCCCUGUCUUAGCCAGAAGAAAAAAAAGAGAUUUCUUCAAGUUUAUUUUUAUGUGUGGACAUUUCUCACAGGCCACGUUGGAUCCGAGCCAAGAGUCCUCCAGCGGUUUGUCUUAGCCUGAGAGAGAAAGACAAAGCAGAGCAGUGACAGACAGUCAGAGAUGAUGAAAACUGCUGUAAUAUCAGGUCUCUUAUCCACUCAGCCAGAUGUGACGACUCAGAUACAUUUGGAUUUUGGAGCUACACUUCUCACAUUCAUGCCUGUGUUAUCAGUGAUUCUCUGGAUGACGUUCAAAGCAGAGGGUCUCAGACAAAAAUGAGUCAACAGAACAAAGAAGAAAAGAUUAAAAGAGUUCAAAUAUUACAGAUGGUGGUCUGGUUUCUGUUGAGUUAGAUUUAAUUAAAACCUCUCUUUUCAUUGGUCCAAUUUUCAUUUUCAUUCCAUAUAAAGCCAGCGUGUCCAGCUUUCACUGUCUCCCUCUCCCUCUCUCCCUCUCUCGCCCUCUCACCCCCUCUCUGUGAUUCUGUGUGGAUAAGUGAGCUUUCCUGGCAAAUAACUCAAUAUUCAGGCCAGUGCCUGAAAAUGGACAAAAGCACCUACUCACACACGCACGCACGCACGCACACACACACACACACACACACACACACACACACACUUUCUUUCAUCAAUUUGAUCAAGCACACAUUCAAAACUUUUUCCAAUAUGCCAGGGAAGAUUUAACUGACUAGAUUAAAAAAAAUACUACAUACUACAACCAUGUAAAAUAUCAAAACUGAACCCAAAAAAUAUAUAUAUAUAUUUCAUUUGAAAAAAUAAAAGGUGCUUAUUAUAAAUUUGAUAGCAGGUAAACCCUUUAGAGUAGAGCCUUGCUGUUUGAACAACAAUGAGCAAAGGGACAAAAGCACCUAAUCUGUUGUGUAUAAUGCUGAAAACAACUGGGGGAACACGAAGGCUACGUUCAUCCUGCAGGUUAUGAUGCACAAUUCAGAUUUUUUGUUAAAUCCGAUCUUUUUGUGCGGUUGUUCACAUUACAACAACGAAUGCAGCAUCUAAUGUGAACGGAAUGCGUCCGUGAAGUGACCUGAAUGUGCACAAAGCACAAAUUGCUUUCCGUGCCUGUUUGCGUUGUCGAACAAUGGUGACGUUUGUCGCAUAUUGAUGACGUAUAGGUUGGAUGAAUGCGACCUGAGCAUCCACACUGCAGUCACAUCGAUUUACAUCCACAUACAAAAGAGGCCUGGGUCGGAUUUGAAAAAAUCUGAAUUGCACUGUUCACAUGUACAUGAAAAAAUCAGAUAUGUGUCACAUAUGGUUAAAAAAUCAGAAUUGACCUGCUGUGUGAACAUAGCCUAAUAAGGUGAAUUAAGUAAGGUUACUAGGUGUCUGGGUGCUAAACAAAUCAACUGAUGCAUGAUUCUGGUUUUUACCAUCUCAGCUUCAACAUGCCAGCCAGGCCUGGGUGUGUGUGUGUGUGUGUGUGUGUGUGUGUGUGUGUGAGUGUGUGUGUGUGUGUGUGUGUGUGUCUGUGUGUGUGUGUGUGUGUCUGUGUCUGUGUGUUCUUGUUUUAUAUUCCCCAUGAAGACCAUAUAAGGUUUUUAUACCGUGGAAAGUGGGACAUUUCUGCGUUGUUAGCAGAUCAAGGCAUUUACUCUGUUUGAGGUCAAGCAUUCACUUGUGGUUAUCAUGGUCAGGGGGCGGGGACAGGGUCAUGUGUGAGGGAGACCUUUUCCAGGAAAAGGCUGAUGUAGAGCAGAAGUUGUAUAAUCCUGCUCUGUGACUUCAAGAAUUUGGUAAUUUCCAACAAACUGAUUCAAUUUGUCAGGAAUUUGGAGGUGAUGAUUUUAAUCAGUGGUCACUAACCAGGUGCCCAGGCUGUGCUUGAUAACUUUUGUAUGGUUAUACUUUCUUAUUGUUCCCCAGCUCAAGAUGGGGACUCCAUUCAUCUGACGGACUGGAUAAAAUGAUUUAAGUGCUCCACGAUUUGAAUGCAUGCCUCAGUAUGCUCAUGAUGACCAAAAGUGACAUUAAAGUUACUGUUAGAGGUUUUAAUAUUUUAUCUAGUUGUAGUUUUGUUCUUCAGUGUAGUUAAAGUCUAAAAAACAGUUUUCAAUAGCCUGUCUGACCUGGAUUGUGGUGAAUUUACUGUCAAUUAUGGAUAAAUUAAAGUUAAUUCCUUUUAAAAGUGAAAUAAAGUGAGUGAUCUUUGUUGUGUGAGAUUUGCUUUGCAAUGUAUGUAACAAUGACACAAUACACUGUGUUUCUUGUCUUUGUCCACUAGGUGUCAGCACAGCCAAAGAAGAUGGCAGAGACGACACUGUGUCACUAAGGACCACCAUGAAUCUGCCAUUCAGACAGGGGGCUGUUAAACAGCCACUACAGACAUCUCAACAACCCAGUGUAGAGCUGAUUCACAAUUCUCAGCAGCAGCAUUUAUCAAGCAAGAGACAUCUUUGGUUCAAUCACUUUCAUGAGCUCCAUCGUUGAUAAAUGUAGUAUGGACUGUAACUCUUUUAAAGGCUCAGGCCUGAAAAAAACGCAACAGUCACAGUCACACUGUUGGCAGCUUAAACAAAAAGAAUAAUGUAAAAGAAAGAAGAUAAGGAGAUCACCUUGGAGCAAGAUCUCCAAGAUGAUGAUUAGGUUGUGUGCACAACAUUAAAUGGCAUACCAAAAAAAUCUGUGAGAACAGAUCCAAUCAGAUAAUACAAGAGCAAAUGCUUGUAAUCGUUCCCUGAGUAAUUUUUUUAAACUCAAAAAACUUUACAACUGCUUACAUUGCAGCCGAGCGAUGACAUCAGGUUGUCCUGAGUAAAGCUCCAGCAAUGACACUGUCCGACAUAGUGCUGGGUAUCUUCUUGUCCCUCCUCAUCCUCCUGACUGUUGGUGGUAAUGUUCUGGUGUGCCUGGCUGUCUGCGCCUCCCGACGCCUACGCUGCCUCACUAACUGCUUCAUCGUGUCGCUGGCUGUCACAGACUUGCUUCUAGGCCUCCUGGUCCUCCCUUUCUCCGCCCUCCUCCAGCUCAAUAGUGAGUGGCCACUUGGUCCGAACUUCUGCAACUUUUACAUCUCCAUGGAUGUGAUGCUCUGCACUGCUUCCAUUCUCACCCUUCUGGCCAUCAGUGUGGACCGCUACCUGGCAGUGACCAUGCCUCUGAGAUACGCCUCACUGGUGUUGCCAGGGAGAGUUGCUGUUGCUAUGGCCUGUGUCUGGACGGUUUCGGUGGCUGUGUCCUUCUUACCCAUUCAAAUGGGUUGGAACACUGUUAAUGGGACGGUUCAGAACCAUGGGCCCUGGGCUCCGGAGAGGAAAUGUCGUUUUGAGCUGAACAGGCCUUACGUACUCACUGACUCUCUCCUCACGUUCUUCCUUCCUUUGGUGGCCAUGUGCUGGACCUACCUACGAAUACUUCGCAUCGCACAGGCACAGGCCAAACGCAUAGGAAGUGCACGACCCACUUGUAUCACCACUUACAACAGCAGGAACAAUCCCACCAUCAGCACCACGUUGGUUUCCAGUGUUGCAGCUGUGGCUCUGCGUGAGCACAAAGCCACAGUGACUUUGGCAGCAGUGAUCGGAGCUUUUGUGGUGUGCUGGCUGCCAUAUUUUGUCUUGUUCACAGUGUUGGGCCUAGAGGAGCAUCCAGACCCCAGCACAGUACCAGCAUUUCCAUAUGUGUUGUGGCUGGGUUACAUUAACUCAGCACUCAACCCACUGCUCUACGGAACCCUCAACAGGGAUUUCAGGUCAGCCUACAGCCAUCUACUGAGAUGUCAGUGCCCUUCUUACAAUGGGUGGAGGAGUGCACAGCAAUCUUCAACUGGAACAACAGGUACAUCUACAGAAAGUACAUCUAAAUAGAUGUAGACCCUGAAGUUUGACAAUGUGUCUCACAUAAAGGAGAGCUGUUCUUCUUUCUUUCAAACUGCCUUUGUGAAUGUACUAUAUGUUUAAAUUCAACGCUUUUAAUUCUCCCACAUCUACUCCUGCUUUCAGGGAGAGACCACCUCACAGAGGUGACACUGCUGUGUGGCCACACUUCCAUCUCCUGUCGAGCCGAUGAAACAGAUCAAAACGUCAUGCUUGGGGACAAGAAUCACAGUACAGGCCCAGAAACUGUCCAGUCUACAAAUGGCACUGCUGCUAUAGAUGCCAAAAGCAAGGAAAGGUAAAUGACACUUCAGCAUUUAAUUAUCUUUAGCAUGAUAACAGAAUGCAGAAAAAGAUAUCAACAAUGUUGAUUAUUCAUGCAAAAUUACAAAUAGAUGUGUAUUACUCUCAUAUCUUUUCUGUCUUUUUUUAAUAUACACAGUUGGUGUUGAGUCUUCUCUUAUGAGGCGUCCAUUCUGGGGUUGCAUUCAGUGACUGUCAAAGAAAAAAGAGGAGUGGACCGAAGGAGGAGCAAACAGUACAGGAAGUGUUAUCAAGUGUUUAUUGCCGCAGCAGAUACAGCAAUGGUACAGUCUGUAAGUCGACAUACGUGUCUUCCUUCUAACCCCUGCAGACCAUGUCAGGCCCAUAACAAAUGAACUGUGACACACAGAUCCUACUGGUGUCAUCCACAGCGCAUCAGGCCAUAUGGCAUUAUGCUUAUUAGGCCAAGAAAUGUGCUUUCAGGACAGACAGAGUGCAUUAUCUAGUUUCACAUCCUGCUUUCAUUUCUACAUUUACACUUUGAGAAUAGUAUCGACUUAUUAGCCUCCACUACAUACACAUUAUCAAACUCAGCAUUAGCAAAACCACAAAUGUAGUUUUCAAACCUUUGCUUUAAAACAACACUCCAUGAAUUACAUACAGAGGAGUUUUGUGAAAAUGUCCAUUAUUGCAAUUUACAUGUAUGUAUAUAAAACAUAUGUCAUUAGAGCUGCUGUCUGUUAUAGCUGUAUACAACGUUAGCAUUAGUAAAGAUUUUUAAAUACAUUAAAUGUGGAACAUCACCUGUUACCAAAAUUUGCAACACCAGUCAACACAAACGACCUGUAAAAAAUGUGUGCACAAGAUUUUUCCUGCUUAAAUUUGACAGAAGCGGUCAGGAUAAUUUCAGCAAAUUAUGUUUGGUUGUGUUUAAAAAAAAAAGAAAAAAGGAGAAAUCUUUGGAGCUCUCAGCAAAAAUCUGGGGAGGAUUUAAAGUUGUGCAAAAACUGAUAAAAAAAAAAGAUCUCUUAAAAGGCUUUCAUAUGGAGCAGUUUUGAAAGAAGUAGUAACACAGCAUAGAUAGAUAGAUUGAUAGAAAGAUACUUUAUUAAUCGCAGAGGGAAAUUCAAAAGAGAGUUACAUUAGAAAGUACACAGCUAUACUUCCACUCUCCAAAACACCUAAAGUGCAACACUUAAUUUUAUAUUAAACUAUAUUUACAUUAAAGAAACUAAUCUACAUCAUGCGGUGUUAAUAAAAUGUCUUGGACUAUCACAAGUUUUGCAUUUAAAUGACUGAGCAGCUUUUUUAUGUUUUUUUUAAUUCCUCAGCCCUCAAUCAUUUUACUUCACACCUCUUCAGCAUGUUUCAACAGUACGCGUACUCCCAGCCUCUGCAGGACUGAAAAAAAUUAUGAUGCCUCUAUGUGGAUGGAGCUAAAAGCUCCGACUGCAUCAAACCUUAACAGGGAAAAACAACAGCCAAGCUCUUAACCACCAAUGCUUUUGGAGGACUGAAUGAGACCGUCUGAUGAACUUGCCUCGAAUUGGUUUCAUGAACAGUUUUUCCUAUACUGACUCACAAGUGCACUCCUGGAUAAACAAGACGUGCCACAGCUUAACCUGGACAAAGUUUGUGGAAAUGGAUUUUGCAUGCAAGAAGCAAAUGCAACAGUAAAGAGAUUGAUGCAGGUUUUGCACUAAAUUAUUGCUCUGAGGUACAGUGGGCAGAAUUUAGCAGGGUUAACAGACUUUGAAUAGAAUAAUAGUAAGUCUGUUUGAACUCAUGAACAGUCACCUGAAUGUAUAAACUGUUUUGUUUCCAUUUACUCAGAAUUGUUCCUUUUUACACAAGGAGCAGGUCGCCCUCCUGAAAGGCCUCCAUCUUGCACACCUUGUUUCUACAGCAGCACAGACCGGGACCAACUGUGCCGUGCAGGUUUUUAAAUGAAAUGAAUUUGAAUUCAUAGAAGUUUUUGAUUAGCAAAACUUGACAACUGGAAGAUCCUUGUAAUUCUGCAUCACAAGGCCACCAACCACCGCACCCUCACUAACAGAAGGGGAUCUCUCAAUCGUGAAUGUGACUGCAAGCUAACACUGGAUAUUUCUAUUUCUAUACACUGUACCUUUAAUGCAGAAUGAGUCCAAUUGUGUGACAUUUGAAUGUGAAGCAUGCCAGCUAAUGCUUUGCAUCUACUUGAAAAAUGCUGCUGUCUCCAGUUUUUGUCUUGAACAUUGCUCAUUCUGUGACAUAAAAACUGACAAAUGUAUGUACAGUAUCACUCUGUAAAUUAAACUGAGAAAAUGCCAUGCACUGUUCCAGCAGAAUAGAAAAUUACCACAACACUGUACCAAUAAAGAGCUUCUUUAAUAAAGAAUGUAAUAUA